ACUCCCAUAAUUCCAUCGCCCAAGCGCAGUAUCCCGUUCAAAGUGCAUUGAUUCUGUGUUUUGGUUCAUGUAAGUGAAAGGAAAGAGUUAGCUUUUGCAGUUUUACAACUUCAACUUAGUAUUUAAUAUACCGCACAAGCCUCUAGCACAUUAUCAGAUAAUAUAAGCCCAUAAACAGCUUGUCUGAAGGCCUGUUAUCUUCUGUCCGCGAGACAGGGGAGUGCCUGGAAUUGGACAUUUAGCUUGUGAGCUAACGUCAGCAGCAUCAGGUUGACCCAUGUCCUCUGAGGAGGCUCUCGGCUCCGCGCUCUCACACUGGCUCACCUUUAACUCCUGGUGGCUGCUUCUGCCUUUCAUUAUGCUCCUGGUAGUGGCUGCUUUCAUCGUGGCCUUCGUGCUGCUGCUGUACAUGAUAUCCCCGUUAAUAAGCCCCAAACCUCUCAAACUGAACGGGGCCCAUGUGGUGGUGACCGGAGGCAGCAGUGGGAUUGGGAAGUGUAUUGCCAUGGAAUGCUACAAACAUGGUGCCUUCAUCACUCUGGUGGCACGAGAUGAGCACAAGCUGGUUCAAGCCAAGAAGGAAGUGGAAAAGUGUGCCAUAAAUGAUAAGCAAGUAGUGCUUUGCAUUUCUGUUGAUGUGUCGAAAGACUACAGCCAAGUGGAGAGUGUCAUAAAACAAGCUCAAGAGAAGCUGGGUCCUGUGGACAUGCUGGUGAAUUGUGCUGGGACGUCUAUAUCUGGGAAGUUUGAGGAAGUGGAAGUUGACCGCUUCAAGAAAUUGAUGGAGGUGAACUAUCUGGGCAGCGUUUACCCCACCAGGGCAGUGAUCACCACUAUGAAGGAAAGGCGGAUGGGCCGCAUCAUGUUUGUGUCGUCACAGGGAGGGCAGAUUGGCCUCUUUGGCUACACGGCCUACUCGCCAUCCAAAUUCGCCCUGCGUGGUCUGGCUGAGGCCUUGCAGAUGGAGAUGAAGCCCUAUAAUAUCUAUGUUACGGUGGCAUAUCCCCCAGACACUGACACACCAGGUUUUGCAGAAGAGAAUAAGAAUAAGCCUCUGGAGACCAAGUUAAUUUCAGAGACGUCUGGAGUCUGUCAGCCUGAGCAAGUGGCAAAAAUUGCAGUGAAGGAUGCUGUGCAGGGAAAUUUCACCAGCUCAUUUGGUCCUGAUGGCUACAUGCUGUCAGCACUGACCUGUGGGAUGUCACCUGUUACCUCCAUCACUGAGGGGCUGCAACAGAUCGUGACCAUGGGACUGUUCCGCACCAUCGCUCUAUUCUACCUGGGCAGCUUUGACAGCAUCGUCCGCCGCUGCAUGAUCCAGAGAGAACAGUCCAAAGCAGCUGACAAGAGGGAGUAGCACCAGCAUUCCCACCACUAUCCACCUCCAUCACCACCACUACAUUCACCCAUACACCUUCACAGCACGCACAAACCCAGCCUGGAAAACAUAUUUAAGUGGGUAGAAGAGGCCUACGCUGACAAAAAUAGGUGUCUGUAAUAGGUGUCCAUCUUUUAUGAUGUGUCAUUCAGGGCCCAAUCAUUCCAGUGCAUGCUACAUCAAUAUUUCAAUCUCUUAAAAAAACAAAACAAAAACAAGUUUAUUUGCAUUUAAGUUACUUACUCUUUGGCUCUCACUGCCUCUACCGUAUUCUCAUGUUUCAGAAGGUUUGUGGUCGUUCUCAAAUAGGCCCGUGUCCUUGCAUACACGAACACCACAUCUGAGUUCUUGUUCUAGCUAGCCUGUUGACAUAAUAUUAUUUCAACGCUAGACUUAAAAUUCAAUCCGCUUUUAUUUAUGUUUAUUAUGAGAUGUUACCGUAUGCUGUACAGGUACGAAAAAAAAAACUGUAUAGCUCAAGAACUCCAACUUCGCUUCCUUAUGAGGUGACGAGCUGUCCUAUGUUCUUCUGACUGGUCUGUGAUGUGCGUAGUCAAACACCGUAUCUUCCUGCUUCUAGAUUUCAUAGUUGUAAGGUAUGGACACAGGACUGUGUCUGUGUUUUCGGAUGAAACAGCCUGAGUCUGCCACUCUGCCUUAUCUUUUUUGCUCUGUGUGGGGGUUUCUGAAGGAAAUGUUUACCUUAUAAAUGUGUGUGCGUGUGUGUAUUAUAUUUGUCUGCUUGUACGCAUGCAUUUAGGUGACCUCAGGGGCUUCUAAGAGUUCACUGAACUGAAGGAUGGGUCAUGAUAAGCCAUUGCGACGGUUAAUGGCUCGCUGGCUCGAGUCACUACACCUUUCUGCCAACAGGUGGAGCUGGAGAUCCAAAUGGAUCAGGUGUAACCAGAGCAAAAGCCUACAUAUGAAGCAGCUCAUGUUUGAAUAAUCGUAGUCAGAUGUCAGCGAUCCAAGUGGUUUGAUGUCCACAACCCUAGAACUCUAGUAUUGAAGAUGAAUAAAUGUAUCAAGAGUACAUUGAGUGUUCACGCAGGCAUUUCAAAUACUGUAGAUGUUGUAAAGCUUGAUCUGAUUUGUAUACCAAAACAAGCAAUAUGGCUUCCACAAGUGAAGUGAAUCUCCUCGUGCUCUGCUCUGUUGUAACGUAAACUGGAUGGUUCUCGCAUAUAAACUGUGUUUCCGGAUUUAGGCCUUCCGAACUGGCCCCUUCUUGUUGCACCUAUUCUAUGUCGUACCUUACUGACAACACAAUAGCUAGAGAGAAAAUGACACUUACUCAUGCUGUUGUAAUAUUUGCCUUCCUCACUGUCACAAGCAAACGGGGAGCAUGUGAUGUGAUCACACCCUACAGUUAUACGAGCGGAUGUUUAUCUCUUGAAUGCCUGAAAGAAACAGAAAGGGGUCAAUUUAAAGUGAUAGUUCACCCGAAAACGAACAUUCUCUCAUUAUUUACUCACCCUCAUGGUGUUCAAAACCUGUAUGGACUUUGUCAUCUGUAGAACACAAAAGGAGAAAUUUAGUGGAAUGUUCAUGCUGCUCUUCUCCAUACAGUGAAAGUGAAAGGGACUUUAAAAGUGGUUCAUAUGACUUUUAAAAUCUUCUGAAGCAGAGAAAUAGACUGAAAUUUAAAGGGUUAGUUCACCCAAAAAUGAAAAUUACUCACACUCAGGUCGUUCCACACCCGCAAGACCUUCGUUCAUCUUCGAACACAAAUUAAGAUAUUUUUGUUGAUAUCUGUGAGCUUUCUGGCCUCUGAUAGACUGCAGUGUUAUUACCACUUUCAAGGCCCAGAAAGGUAGUAAAGACAUUGUUAAAAUUGUCCAUUUGACUACAGUGGUUCAAUCUUAAUGUUAUAAUGCGACAUGAAUACUUUUUUGUGCAAAAAACAAACAAAAAUAAUGAUUUUAUUUAACAAUUUAUUUCAAAACGCUGUUGACAUAGUAAACGGUGCACUGCUUCUGGGUUCUACGUCAGAACGCCGGCUCAGUAUUGGCCGACGCUGUACACAUGAGCAGCACGACACACACAUGUGAUGCUGACGCAGGUGCCGGCCAAUAAUGAGCACGUGUUCUGACAUAGAACCCAGAACCUUUUCCAGAACCACCAGGAAUAGAAGAAAUUGUUGAAUAAAGUCAUUAUUAUUAUUAUUAUUAUUUUUUUUUGCACACUAAAAUUAUUCAGAUUCUGUAGUCAAAUAAACUAUUUUAACGAUGUCUUUACUACCUUUUCUGGGCCUUGAAAGUGGUAAUUUUGUUGCAGUCCAUCAGAGGUCAGAAAGCUCUUGUAUUUCAUCAAAAAAUAACUUGAUUUGCGUUCCAAAGAUGAACGAAGGUCUUACGGGUGUGGAACGACAUGAGGGUGCGUAAUUAAUGACAGAAUUUUCAUUUUUGGGUGAACUAACCCUUUAAGUCCUUAUUGAACUGAUUUUGCUAUGGCAUGGGGAACAAUGUUCUGUGAAUAAUGACUUACAUUUUGGCCUUAUAGAUUCGGAAUAUAGUGUGCAUGAGUCGUGGACAAAAAACAGCAGCUAAACUUUUUUUUUUGUUUUGUUUUGUUUUUUUAAAGAAAGUAUGGUUUUAGAAUUCGAACAAAUAAAUUAUGUCAGAAUUUUUAUUUUUGGGUGAAGUAAUAUACUUCCAUUCAAUGCAACCCUUUAUUCGAGAAUAUUUUUGUUGUUGUUUUAUGCUGCUCUGUUUUCCCUAGAACAUACCUGCAAACUCAUCGCCUUUCUUUUCAUUUUACCUUUUCAAUGUAAUGAAGUAGUGUCUAUAAGUGCAGCACUGCUUUAUUUGCAGGAGUAACUGCUGUAUUUCUGCUUUUCUAUUAGCAUAAGAUUAUUUUUAGAGGAAAAAUUCCCCAUUUCCUAUCCCCUUUUUCGCCGGUCUGGAGUUUGCAGGUAUGCUAGACACAACUGACCAAUGCAGUCAGGCACUGCAGUCAUGGGGACCCAUUCCAAGCCUUAAGAGAUCCAAACACAGACCACUAUAAAAGCUAUAAGAGUGGACACCUCCACAUCCAACUAAGGCAUAGAUUGUGUAUGGUUUACGUAUAUUUGUUUCAAUAUGGAAAAAGACAUUGUUUUUGUUUGUUUGUUCAUUGUUUGCUCUGGAUAUUUUUUACAAAAAGUCCCAAAAUAUGAAAGUGAGAAUGCAUGAGUCAAAGCGACGAUGUUCUCAUUUGAUAUUGGCUCAAGGCACGUCGUCCAGCACAUAGUAGCUAUAAGUUAGGUGCCGAUAUGUGUCGGACUUAGAAUUCGGUUGUGCCCUUUUCCAUAAUACAUGGACGUAGUCAUUUGUUUCAUGAUUAAGAAGCUAAUAGUAGAGAAAUUGUGUUGAUCUCCUUAAAGCUAUGCAAAUCAAGCUUGUGCUCACACUUCAUUUAAACACUAAAGAAGAUACUUGGAUUUUUCUUUUUCUUUUUUUUCUUUUUUUACUGUGUUCUGCUAUAGUUCCCUCUUGUAUUGACUGAAGUUGAGAUAUAUUUCUGAGAAUAAGAUAUAUAGUUUAUGAGUAACUUUUAAAAGACCAAGACCAACUUGGAUAAUUUUGCUUCUAUCUAUGUUUUAUCAUUUUUUUCCGUAUUCAUUUGUUGCCAAACUUGCAUAAAUUUCACCUUGUGUGCCAUGGGAGAAAAAGAGGAUGUUGUUGCUUUGUCUUAUUUUCUUACAUAAUGAAAUAAAUAACUUUUGAAAGGUAA